AUGGCCGCCGCCGAGGGCGAAGCGGGGCCCGAGGCUGACGCGGAGCCGGAGGGCGGCGGCGGCGGCGCCCGGGCCAGGCCCCCGAACGUCUCCUCCGACGACCCGCAGGAGCGCAUCGCCGCGCGCCGCAUCCGCAUCGCCGCGCGCCUGGAGGCCAAGCGCAGGGAAGCCCUUGCGGAAGAUCCCGAUGCAAAGAAGCUUGUGGAGGAGGAGCAGAGCAGGAGCCACAAGCAGAUAGAGGACAGCAGACAGAGACUGGCCAAGCUGCUCAUCGAUGGCACACAGCUAGUGACAAACAUCCAGGUGGCAGCUGAUUCUCGGGAGACACAGAGGAGGGCAGAGGAAGAGGAAUUGACUCGGCAGAGGAUUGAGAAGCUGGAGAACGAGGCCAGGGCCAACCAGGACAAGUUCGACGAGAUCACGGCCAAGUGGGCUGGCGCCAAGCAGAAGGUCAUCCCCCAGGAGCUCUGGGAGGCGCUCAGCCAGCAGCAGCUGCAGUGUGCCCUGCUGAUCGAGGAGAAGAACAAGCUCAUCAGCGAGCUGCAGCAGGAGCUGAAGAGCAAAGAUGACCAGUAUGUGAAGGAUCUCCGGAGGCAGGCAGAAGACAUCAACCUGCUGCUGGAACGGAUGGAGGAGCAGAUCCGAAACAUCACGAAGAACUACCGCCGAGAACUCCUUCAGAUUGAGAAAGCCUUUGAGGUCGAGCGCCGCGAGCUCCUCAGCAGCAACAAGAAGAAGUGGGAGCAAGGCAUGCAAACCCUCAACCGGCAAGAGCUGGACUUCAUGAUGGCCCGGCUGAAGAAGGUGGAGGAGUACGAGCGGGAGCUGAACCAGCUGCGGGUGCAGGAUGCGGAGGAGCACAGUGUCAUCAAGAUCAAGCUGGAGCGGGACGUGCAGAUCCUGGAGCAGCAGCUUCAGCAGAUGAAAGCCAUCUACCAGUUGAACCAGGAGAAGCUGGAGUACAACUUUCAGGUGCUGAAGAAGCGGGAUGACGAGAACACCAUCAUCAAAUCCCAGCAGAAGAGGAAGCUCAACCGCUUGCACGAUGUGCUCAACAACCUGCGCCUGAAGUUGGCCAAGCAGAUCAAGCAGUUCCGCGAGGAGAACCAGACGCUGACCGCUGACUACAAGCGGAUCGUGGAGCAGUACAAGGACCUGCAGCGGACCAUGAGGCACUUUGCCAUCGUGGACGCCGAGCACUUCCGGGAGGUCUGGCUGAUGAACGAGGAGGAGGCCAAGCGGCUGAUCCGCAAGGCCCUCGACGCCGACCGCGUCAUCCACGCGCAGCAGCUGGGCCUGCCCUGGGUCGAGCCCGGCGACUGGUUCCUGCACAACGUGGGGCCCGUCGUGCACACGAGGACGGAGAAGUCGGCCCACCAACUGGCCCAGGAGGUGCUGGCGCCGGACGGGAGAGCCGCCCCUGAGUUCUUCCCCAGGCCAGAGGGCAGCCCCCAGGAAGAGAGGGAGGGCACCCCGGAGGAGGGCUGCAGGGAGACCGCCGAAGCAGCGGCCCAGGCCCUCCGGUCCAUCUCGGCCCAGACGGUCAAGCACGUCCUGGAGCUCCUGUGUGACGAGUCGGGCUUCCUGAUCGAGAGCAAGCUGCGAGGCCUCCUCCAGCCCCUGGAGAAGCACGACCGCACCCUCAUGAGGCUGGACUCCAUCUUCGCCGCCCUGUCAGUCGACAGCGAGGACGACGUGCGCCAGAUGGUGGAGUUCUUCAUGCGCUUCAAGGCUCAGCAGGUGGCUGCUGGCCAGCGCAAGGAAGCGGCCCUGGGAGACGCCACUGGCAAAGAAGCAGCUCCAGGCGUGGAGGCCGCGGACGAAGAGGAGGCCCGGGCAGCCCCGCCCGGGGAGGAGGAAGGCCCCGUUGACGCGGCCGCGCCCUGCUCGGCGCUGCGCAUGCACCCGGACGACGUCCUGAAGGCCCUGAAAGCUUUCGUGCAGGAACUGCGGGAGCCCAGGGAGAGGCGCCCCCCCGUGAAGAAAGUGCACGAGGAGCGGGACGACUCGAAGGACUCGGAGUACUGGGACGCGCUGGCCCACGUCAUCCCGGAUGGAAAGCUGAAGCUGUGGGAUGCCUUGAUCGUGGGUCUGCAGAAAUACUACCACAUCCUGAUGCAGAGGGCAAAGCUGAUCACGGAGACAGAGGGUUUGCACCAGCAAAAUGUGGAGCUCCGGAUGCUGCUGCAGCAGUAUCUCCAGUCGCCGGUCAACGCCGAGCUGCUGAUCCCGCCCACCCACCUGCUGCGCCUGCAGCUGGACGGCACCGCAGGCCGGGGGCUCUCCCGCCUCUGCCCGUCACAGCGCGAGGCCUCCCGGCCCGCCCGCGACCCCCGGGCCCAGGAAUGGCCCCCGCACGAGGCUGCGGCAGGUUCUCGCCUGCCGAGCACGGAGGCUGGGAAAGGGAGCGGGAAGGGCCGCCGCGCACGCCCCACGCAGAUCCACAGAUCCACGCUGCCGUGCCGCAGUCGGCAGUCGAUCACGCAGGGCACCGGGGCUCGAACCCUUGAGGGGACCUGCAAGGACGUGUUUGGGCCUCUCGAAUCCAGCUCCCCCGGACACCCGCCCCCCGUGCCAGGAGAGGAGGGCGCGUGCGCUGGGGGCAGGCGUGGCCUGGCGUGGCGUGGCUGGUGCACGCACUCCUGCCGGGAGGGCGCGCCCAGGUGCAGUGGAGGCUCCUCCGAGCCACAGGGAUGCAUGGGCGCAUCUUUCCCAUGCUUCCUGCGCUGCCGCACCUGCUGCGGGAGGGAAUCCGCCACGGCCCAGGCGGGGGCUGGCAAGGCCCUCACACGCCAGGGAGGGGCACUGCCAGCCUGGCCGGGCGAUGGGGCUGCUGGAAGGGCCGCGAACCAGUCCCCAGGCGCUCCUGGCGCCGCCUGCGUCCAAGCCCGGCCAGGCGCUGCGUGCCCCGGACACCGGGAUGCGGCCACAGCUCGGCCAGGGGGGCUUGCUGGCCCUGCCUAG